AUGGCACAAUGGCUCCUGGCUUCCUUCCUGGCAGUAGCUGUGGCAGACACCAAUCCCACAGGCAGUAGCUCCUGCCCAUGCGUGGAGUGGGCCGGGCUACAGGGCUACAUUCAGGGCGGUGAGCUGAAGUACACCCCACCCGGCUCCACCACUUCGUACGUGUAUCCGUCCGACUAUGGGAAUCUGCAGUGCAAAGCGCAUGAUGCCAGCCUGGCUCCCCAUUGCAGCGGCGCAUCGCCUCCGGCGUGGUGUAACAAGCCUUGGUGCUACGUUUCCGUGGCCAACUGUGCCGGCAUCCAGCCCUACAGGAGCGUGAAGUUCCCAGGAUCGGAUGCUUACUACAGUUACCAGACCUGUGGAGAGUCCAACGAGUUCACCCUCUGGGCCGAAGCCAUGGGCACAGACGGCACGGUCACGAGCGACCCGACAGCUGCGCCUCGAGUCACCGAGCUCCUUGAUGUGGUGAUGGACUACCUCUGGAGCACAAGGGACUCUUUGGAGGCGCAGUAUGUCCAAAUGAUGGCCAAUGGCAGCGUGAGCGCAUGCAGCUACAUCGACUUUUGCCCGUGUGUGGAGUGCUAUCAGAAUGCACUCUGGCAGGAGAAGAUCGACCCAGCCACGGUAGGAGCGUGGCUACGGCCUUCUGUGAUUGGACAGACUACACAGGAAUGGAAUGUCCUGACCUGCCUGGUGGGUCUUGUAGCAGCCACCUACAGCAGUGUGGCGGCAAAAGAGGGUCAGCCACUCGAACGUAUCGGCUACCAGUACUUUGCCGACCAGAAGUCUGGUAGUUACAUUGGCUGGCCUGCGAUGGACUGGUGCCCGACGAACUACGACCCACGUUUCCGCCCCUGGUACGCCUCGGGCUCGACGGGUCCGAAGGAUGUCGUGAUUGUCGUGGACGUGUCGGGCAGCAUGGGCGAGGCGAAUCGCUACAACCUUGCUCGGCAGGCGACGGAUGCAGUGCUGGAUACGCUGGACUGGAAGGACUAUGUGGGCGUGAUUCUCUUUAAUCAUGGUAUUUCAGCACGGUACUCCAGGAGUUUGAUGCCUGCUAGUGAGGCCAACCGCAACAGCAUCAAGAGAUGGUUGGAUGAUCGGAACUUCAGGAGCGGCGGCACGGACUUCAACGUCGCUUUAGACGCGGCCUUUGACACAAUUCAGUUCAGCAUAGCUGCGGGGUCAACCUCAAUGUGCCAGAAGGCAAUCAUCUUUCUCACGGACGGAACUGCAGACAUGUCGAAUGACAAUUUCGUAAGUGUCCAGCAGCAAUCGCAGACCUACGAUGCCGUUUUGUUCGCAUAUGCCUUGGGUUCGGGAGCAGACACCACGGUGACAAAGCGAUUGUCCUGCGAAAACCGUGGGAUAUUUUAUCAAGUCCCGGACGGGUCGGAUCUGAGCCGCAUCAUGGCUAGUUACUAUGAGUACUUCGCCACGGGGCAGGAGAUCUGCCAACCCUCUUUCACGAGCUACACGGACGUAGUCACAAACACGAAGUUGUGGCCAGUCUGCCUGCCGACUUAUGACCGAGCGGCAGCAGACCCCGCACUGUUGGGCGUGACUUGCUUGGAUCUCAACAUGAUCGUGGAUCCAGGGACUAUACAGUCCGAGUCGUACUGGGACGACAUCAGCUGCAAGGUCUCCGAUUUCACGAAGACCUGCCAACAGUUGGAUACCAGUGACUGCCGCCUGCAACGGCUCCGGGCCGCCGUUGGCACAGAGUCUGUGUGUGAAGGUGACGUGCCGAACACCUGCUCUUGCAUGGACCCAGAUUGUCAAGAUGAUGCAUCCUUCAUCGACGAGAAAGGUUACUUCUGCGAUACGUGGGUUGGUGACGACUGCUCCAAGGCUCAAGAGGCCUGGGGCUACUCUGCCGCCGGCCAGCAGGCAGCACUGACAAGGUGCCGGCGCUCUUGCGGGCGAUGUUCCAUGCUGUCCCCAUGCCCAACCAAAGAGCGGUGUGUGGGCACUGAGCGCUUCUCCUCCAGCGGCUGUCGGGCGUGCCGUACGGACAAGGUGUCUGGGGUCGACAUCCAGGGCAGGCAAAUGGCCUGUCCAGGCGUUACCACCUCUGCCACCCCCAAUGCCGGCAGCGCAUCGGCCAGCUCGAGCAGCAUGAGGCUGAUGGCUAUGCUCGUGCUCUUGGCACGUUUCACCUUGGCAUUUUUUGAAGGAUAG